AUGGGCAAACCAAUCGUUCUCCAACUAGGCGAUGAUAUCCGCUGGAACCAUGAGCUCUACGCCAAAUUCAACGAUCACUUUGAGAUCAAACGCUCAUACAGUAUGUCGCGACCGGAGUUUAUCCGCGCUUUGAAGGAGCGUCAAUUCGGUGACUUCGUUGCGAUGUACCGACCAUUCUGGAAUACCGGUGGUGAGAUGGGAAACUGGGAUGAAGAGCUCAUCUCAUUACUUCCUGCCUCUUGCAAGAUCUAUGCUAGUGCCGGUGCUGGAUUUGACUGGGUGGAUACAGUUGCCUUAGCCAAGAAAGGUGUUAUUUACUGCAAUGCUGCCGCAGCUUGUACCGAGUCCGUAGCUGAUGCUGCGAUUUGGUUGAUUAUUUCUACAUUCCGACUAUUCUCCUGGUCCGCAAUGGCAGCUCGAGCUAUUGAUGCGGGUCAAUUCGUCGAUGCGAAUCGCAAUCUUGCUAUGGUUUCUCACAAUCCCAAGGGACAUACCCUUGGCAUUAUAGGGUUUGGACAGAUUGGACGCCGAACGGCUGAGAAGGCAUACAAGGCUCUUGAUAUGAAGAUCCUCUACCACGAUAUUGUCCAGAUGCCCAAGCAUCUCGAGCAAGUAUCCAACGCGACGUUCCACAAGUCCAUGGAUACUCUUCUCGCAGACUCAGACUGUGUUGUUGUCGCCACCCCAUUUAGUGGGGAGACUCUUCUGAAUGCUUCUCUGUUAGCAAAGAUGAAGCAGGGAUCCCGAAUUGUGAACAUCGCUCGAGGAAAACUUCUUGAUGAAGAUGCCUUGAUUGAUGCGCUGAAGCGGGGUCAGUUAUCUGCGGCUGGACUGGAUGUUCACUUUAAUGAGCCGCAUGUUAAUGCGGAAUUGGCUCGAAUGAAGAAUGUGGAGAUUAUGUCGCACAAUGCGGGAGCCUCGUUGGACUCACAUAUUGGGUUUGAGCGACUUGGGAUGGAGAACAUUCUUUCUUAUCAGCAGAGUGGCGAAGCGGUUACUCCGGUUAAUGCUCAUUUGAUUAAGGCAUCCAAGCUGUAA